AAAGAAGAAAAUAAUUAUCAUCAUCAUCUUUCUUUCUUACUUUCUUACUUUCUUAAUUCUUGCUCUUUAACCCAAAAAUCAUCAUCAUAAACAUGAAGUUCACAUUUGUUCUCGUCGCUGCCCUUGCCCUUGCCACCCAGGUUUCCCGAGUUAUGGCUGAUGGCUGUGAUUGCGAGCCUAGUGAUGGAAACUGUCUUAGCAACUGUGUUAACUCUACUGGUGAAUGUAUCAAUGCCUGCAAUGGAGACACUACCUGCUACAACAACUGCAUCGAUACCAAGUGGCCCGGACAGAACAGCAACCCCUCUGUAGUCUCUGCUGCUUCUUCGGCUGCCACUUCUGCUGCACCCUCUGCUUCGUCUGUCUCUGCUGCUGCUGCCGAAUCUGUAACCUCUGCUCUGUCGUCCAUUUCUGAUUCAUCUGCUACUGCCGUGUCUUCCAUUGAGGGAGCUAAGAGCUCAGAUGCUGCCAGUAUUGCCUCUUCUGCCAGUUCUGCUGCCAGCUCAGUCAGUGCUGCUGCCACCGAAACCCCCAACAGUGAGAGUGCUGGUUGGACUUGGUGCUGUUUCGGUUGCCAUUGCUGCUGCCUUGUUCUAAUUUGUUUCUCUUUUUAUUUAUCUAUAAAUUAUUCCCAACAAAUGGUCCUUUUCGUUUAGUCUAGUUUAGCUUAGUCUAUAUUUUUAUUUUUCUUAUUAUUAUUCUUUUAUUUGGUGUUCUGAAGGAUCUGAAUUUAUCUUUCACACACAUAUAUAUAAGAAGAAGAAGAACUAUUCUCGAUCUAUUACUUUCUUUUACUUUUACUUUUAUUUUACCUUAUUCUACCUUAUUCCAUUAUCUAAUUAUAUAAAAUGUAAUAUAUGAUAUAAUAUAAUAUAAUAUAAUAUAAUGGCAAUA